AUGGGCUCAGCUUCGUCAGAUGAUCUCCGGGAGCACCUGCUGGACGUGGACGGCGUGGCCAACGGCGGGGAAGCGGCGCCCAAGAUACGGGUGCGCGGGCUGCGGCGCCGCGCCGAGGCGACCGGCGAGGAGAUCCUCCGGGGCGUCCACCUCGACGUGCCGCGCGGGGUCGUCAUGGGCGUCAUCGGGCCCAGCGGCAGCGGAAAGUCCACGCUGCUCCGCGCGCUCAACCGCCUGUGGGAGCCCGCGCCCGGCGCUGUGCUCCUCGAUGGCGCAGACAUCUGCGGCAUCGACGUCCUCACCCUGCGCCGCAAGGUCGGCAUGCUCUUCCAGCUCCCUGCCAUGUUCGACGGUACCGUGGCUGACAACGUACGAUACGGGCCACAGUUGCGCGGCAAGAAGCUCACCGAAGCCGAAGUGAAGAACCUGCUGAGCCUGGCGGAUCUAGACCCUGCUCUGUGCUCCAAGUCGGCGUCUGAGCUGUCGGUCGGGCAGGCGCAGCGCGUCGCCUUGGCCCGGACCCUCGCCAACGACCCCGAGGCAUGUGCACCGUCAGCUCUCUUGCUUCGUCUUCCUGACACUGUCCUCCACCAUGACCGGCUUGCUGAAAUCGAUCGGUUGCUGCAGGUGCUGCUGCUGGAUGAGCCGACGAGCGCGCUGGACCCCAUCUCGACGCAGAACAUCGAGGAGGCCAUCGUGCGCCUGAAGAAGACGAGGGGCCUCACCACGGUGAUCGUCUCCCACAGUGUGAAGCAGAUCCAGCGGAUCGCCGACCUGGUGUGCCUCGUCGUCGCCGGCGAGAUCGUGGAGGUGCUCGCGCCGUCAGAGCUGUCCGACGCCAAGCAUCCGAUGGCCAGGCGUUUCUUGGAGCUCAGCAGCUAA